CGUCGCGCGGCGACGCGACGCGACGUGACGUCACGCGCAAUGUCCGAAGCCACCGACGCGACUCGUUCUUCGAGCGGUCUCGCCGCCACGUGCUCGAGAGAACGAUCGAGAGCUGCACGAACGGUGCUGAAUGAAUUCUUUUAUCCCGUCGCCGACGGCGCGCGAUACGCGCUUGAUUUGGGCUGCCCGUUUAGCCACGCGCGUGAUUUGUUCUACGAGCACGAGACCCACAAGGAACCGGUGCGACAUUCCAAGCUUUACUGGCGCUCGCUGUACAGUGGGAAGGUGUUUAAGAGCGAGUAUUACGUCGAUAAACACAUGGAGCGACGACACGGCGAUAAGAUUCCAUCGACCGCGGACGUGUGUCUGGCUGAUUAUUGUGACGUGCUGCAGUGCGAUAAGCACGCGGAGUACGUGAAGAAUGGGCGUGGGAGCAAACCGACGCGGUGCGAUGAAGAACAAAUGUCCCUCGUGCGAGACAAAUGUCAUGAAAUGUUGACGCAAUGCUUUCCAAACGAGAACGGGAGUACGCGGGAUAACGCGGGAAAGUUGAAUGUAUAUUUCACCAAGUACUACUGCGAUCAAAUGACGUGCGCAGACGUCGAUGGGGUUUUCGAACUGAUGAGCGCUCAUCACGAUUCGCCGGGAGUCGGCUAUUACAUCGCUCUGGCUUUUCUCUUCUUCAUCGUCGCCAUGUAUUACUUAACGGUGUACUCCUGGACCAAUGGUCGACGCGUGAGCUCGGAUAUCAAACGCGCGCGCGUUCGAGCACGAGCUUCGUGGUCGGAUUAUCUCCCGCGACCCGUUGCACGGCGCUUCAACCUUGAGCGCCGAAAACGCAAGACGUAUUAG